AUGGAUAGUUUUGGUUAAUAUUCUUCAAAUUCAUCCAAUUUUGCGUUAAAUUUAUUAUUAGUGAAUUCAAAUAUAAAUAAGUUUUAUUGGUGGCGAGUGACAUUCAUGUUUUGUGAUUAUUACGUCCCACAAAGAGCCGUGAAAAUUUGUUAGACCUCCCGUUGAGCACAGCAUUUAAUCUGACACUUUUAACGACGCCAUGUUUGUCACGUUUUUGCCAGUUAUGAAUAAAUUUAGUCAGAAAUUAGAUCUUUAAUACGAUACAUUGAAAGUAUUCAUCAGUGCUGUAAGUUGAUAAAAAAUGAGUAUGGUGUUUUCAAGAAGCAAGGAAAAGAGAACGCGUUCUUCUACUGGCAAUUCUAACAGCUCAUUCGUGAAAAAUGUGACAGCAAGAAUGUCAGGCUUAUUGCCAAGUACCAUUACUAAAUGGUUUAGUAGUCCUAGUACGUCAAAUGCUAAUGGAGCAACACCAACAGCUGAUGUCACAGACUCUUCCACUGAAGAUGAAUCACCAGAAAGUCCUGUCAGCACUCAGCCUCCAGCAAAACGCAUGCGAUUUAGUACUCCUGGAAAAUACAAUCAAUUUGGUUCUGCAGAUGGGAAUUCUGUGCUGACUACAGUUGAAGCCAAUUCACAAUGCUCCUCAACCUUUAGCAUUAUACAGUCAACACCUGGGCGAAAUACAUUUCGACAAAAUACUAACUUUAUGUCGCCACAGACUUCUAGUACAAUUCGUUCCAUAGAUGAUUCCAAUGUGGAUAGAAAGGAUACAAGUUCUUCCUCAGUAUUUAAAAAACAGCACACACUUUCAACAAUUGGUCAUUCUGUAGCUGUGAAGAGGAAAUCUAUAUUUGAAUUAUCUACUAAUAAUAGUGAGACUGCACAAGCAAAUUCUAUGAAAACUGUCCAUAAAGAUAGAAAUCCAUCAUUCAAAGCUAGUCUCCUUGGUUCGCCUUUUUACUCAGGACGAACCGUGUAUGGGGGUGCUUCUUCAUCCUACAUGAAUCAGCCCAAUAUUAAACAAAGAAAAGUCGCUCAUAUAAAUGAAUCUCCAGCUAAUGAGACAGUAACAAUGAGUAAUUCUGCGAGAAAGAUAAUGGACCUUCUUGAACAAUAUUCCUCUCCAUUGGCGGAAGCGAAAAGAAUCCCACGAUAUCAGAAGUCACCUAGAAAUGAGAGUAUAAAUAGUACCGCAAAUACAAUUAAACCAGCUGCCUACCGAACUCAAGAACUGCACAUUCCAAGUAUAGCUUCAAUUUUACGAGUGAAACAGAAAUCUCGCUUAAUGGACUCAACAAGUGCUGCACGACAACUUAUUGCCUCACAUAGUAGUGCCGCGCCAGAGUUUAGCCCUUAUCCAACAACCAUUACACAAAAGGAAUUAGCUGUUAACGAACAAAACAGCAAUUUGACAACAAAAGUAAAGACUAGAUUAACAAGACCAAAUAGAGGCGAUAAGUUCGAUGAUGUUUUGACUCCAGUUCAACUGCCAACAGGAGUUUUGCAAAUUGAUAAAAAUAAUAUGCCUAAAUUUACCUUAGGCAAACCAUUUUCCUCAACGCCCAACUUAAUAUCUACAUCUACGCCUGCUGCAUCAGUGAACAAAUUGGUUGUAGCCCAAAAUACAAACCCCCUUUCUGGAACCACUACAAGUUCAUCUACAGCAUUUCUAAGUAAACCUGAUUUAGUAAUAAGUAGCACAGAAUUCAAAUUUUCAAGCCCUGUAAAAGUAACUACAGAGAAUUCAACACAAAGUGCCAUACUACCCAAAUUUACUUUCGGCAGUCCGGAACGCGGAGUAGAUAAAGUUAUUGCCAGCAAUAAGCAAAAUGACUUUCCUGUUGUAGGUGCAACAAAGGAAUCAUUUGCGCAGAAAAAUAUUGAAAGUUCCAAGGAUUCAGUUUCAGCUUGGUCUACAAAAGAGAAUUUCAUACAGAAAUCUACAGACAAGGACACCACCUGGAUAACAAAGGAAACUCCAGUACAGAAAGUUAAUAACAGUCUCAAAGACUCAAAACCAGAGUGGAAAUGUGCUGAAUGUUGGGUACAAAACAAAGAAGAUGUUGACAAGUGUGUUUGUUGUGGGGUCACACGGCCGUCAAGUGUUGUUGGGAAAGUGACUAAGUGUUCUUGCAAGCUUAGUGACACACAAGCUCAUAUUGAUAAAUGUGAAACAUGUGAGAAAUCAGAAGCAGAUGCCAUCAGUAUAAAAAGUAAUGAGAUAACAUGGAAGUGUGAUGAUUGUCGGGCUUUGAAUGAAGCAAAUAUAGAAAAAUGUGUAUGCUGUGGCAGUGCCCAUUCUAACAAACUACCCGCACCAGUUGUAUCUGAGGCAAAUGAUAGUAGAAAAUGGAAAUGCAAUGACUGUUGGGUUAUGAAUAAAGGAACAGCAGUUAAAUGUGAAUGCUGUGGCAGUGCCAACACUAAUGAUACAAUUUCUGAAGUGCCCCCUGAAAAAAGAAAUCCAAGUAUUUCAGAUGGUGAUUGGAAAUGUGAUGACUGUUGGAUUACAAAUAAGAGCAGUGUAGAAAAAUGUGCUGCUUGUGGUGGAUCGAAGCCUGGCCUUAAAAAUAAUAAUUCCUCACUUUUGAAUGUUUCAGCAUCAACUAUAAAUCGUAAUGAUUUACUUUCCACUGUGAAUUCACAGAAAAAUCUGACAUGGGAAUGCCAAAGUUGUUUGGUUAGGAACAAUAAUGAGAAAACAUCGUGUGUCUGCUGCGGAGCUGAGCCAUCUAACAAUUCAGUUCCAGAGAAAAAAUCUUUUAAUUUCGGGAUUAAUCCAAAUACUUCAUUUAAGUUUGGCAUUAAUCCUGUUGAGCAACAAGUUAAUCUAGUUAAGAAAACUGAGGAAUCUAGUGCUGCUUUAAAGACAAAUCCAGAAGUUUCUGAAAGUAACACAUUGGAAAAAAUUCCAAUGUUUACAUUUACUUUGCCUUCUAAGAAAUCUGAAGAUAAAAUUGAUGAUGUUAAAGGAAAUAUUGACGCCACGAAAGUUAAGUUUUCAUUUGGAAUCCCAAAAGCUUCCACUGCAUCAGAAGUAGGAGCUGGCAAUUCUCAUGGAGAAAAAGACAAACAAGAAGAAGUGACAAAAGUAAAUGUCAAUACUUCAAUGUUUGAGAAUCCUAAAUUGGGAAAUGACUUGUUAAAGCCAAGUGAUAAUAAACCUGCGGUUGUAACUGCACUUCCAACAGUAUCUGUAAAUGAGAAUAAAAAUACAACUACUAAUUCUUUACACACACAAUCUGGAGAAAAAAGUGAAAAGGCACUGUUGAAUAAUACUUUCACAUUCUCGGCGGGCAGUAAAAAUAUUGUGACUAACAUGUUUAAGAGCCCGUCUACUGUGGCUACUACUUCAAUUUCCUUUGCUUUACCAGUACAAACGACAGUGAAAUCUACGGAGGCACCAGCAACUUCGUUAUUUCAACAAAAAGGAUUUAACACUCCAGCAUUCAAAACUGAUAGUAAUGCUUCUCUAUUCAAGAAGACUGAAACUGAAAAAUCACCCUUUCAAAAUUCAAUUGCUUCGCCUGUAUUCCAGAGUCCCACACCAAGUUCUACAUUAUUCCAAAAACCAGAAAAUAGCACAUCUUCUAUUAUGUUUCCCGCAAGUGAUGUUUCUGUAGCUUCCACUGUAUCAUUAUUUCAAAAUAGUGAUAAUAUAAUAACUACGACAUCCCAACCUGCUACGGCAAAUUCCCCCGUUUUUGGUUUUACUGCUAACUCUUUUAAACCAGCUUCGACUGCUGUAGAGAAACCCAAAUUCAACUUUACUUUGGGAAAAACUGAGAAUUUCACCUUCGAAAAUAAAUUUUCUCCUAUUGGAAACAACAGAAAUUCGACAAGUAGCUUUGCUUUACCUACAAGUACCAUAAUUCCUACUGUCAAUGGUCUAACUGGAAAUGCUUUAAGUGGUGGCAGCAAUAUGAUAGGUCCUAAUAAUGGCAAUACAAUUGGAAAUACUGUUAUGCCUGUUAGCAAUUCUAUAGGCAGUGAUGUACUUAAACCUCUAGGGUCGAGUGGUGCAUUACCCGGAAAUACAUUGGGAGGUGGAAAUGGAUUACCUGCUAGUAAUACAGUAUCAAGUGGAUUCUUUGGACAAUCAACUCAGAAUGAAAAUUUGUGGGGCACUUCAAACAACACUUCUAAUUUGUUUGCAGCAAGUACGACAGCUAAUCCUUUGCAAAAACCAGCUGCGUUUAAUUUUGGUGCGCCAUCAUCAUUAUCGCCAUUUAAUAAUAAUAAUACGAGUUCAGUAUUUGGCAGCAGUACGCAGUCGACGCAGAAUAUUUUCGGAAUUGCAACACAACAGAAUCCUGCUAGUCAACCAAAUCUCUUUCCUAGCCCAGCACAGAACCAAAACGCCCCCAAUAUCUUCGGUAGCCCUGUACCUCCUAGCAAUUCUGUGGGACUAUUUGGAACAGCAAAUGUCGGUUCUACACCAACUUUUGGAAACCAGAACCAAUCUAUGCCAUCUUUAACACCGGCACUGACACCAACCUUUAAUUUCGGCGCCUCACAAGCUCCAGGAGUUUUUGGAUUUGGACAGCAACAGCAGCCGCCUCAAUCUCUGCAACAGCCGCAACUUCCUCAACAACAGCAGCAGCAACAGCAGCAACAACAACAACAGCAACAACAACAACAGCAGCAACAGCAGCAGCAGCACCAGCAACAACUGCAACAGGGUCAAACUAGUGUGUAUAAUUUUGGAGGCAUGUCGGGUACCACGCCGCAGGUUCAAUUCAAGAUGGGCACUGCACCGACUCCUAACACAGCUGUACGUCGGGUGAGAAAGGCUAUCCGUCGAAACCCGCAACGAUGAGGAACGUCUGCGAUCCUUGACUGGGAUCGCAAUAUGGACUCUGAAAUGACUACCCCUAGUAAGUGUCCUCCUAAUGUUAGUUUUUGCAAACCAGUAAGGGUGCACAAGAAAUAAAAUAAGCUACAUCCUUUAUGGUUCGCGUUAUUUGUAAGCACCGAGUACAUAUACAAUAGAGAUAAAUUUUAUAUGACCACACCAAACUAUUACCCAAAAUAGGACAGAGAAAUUUACAAUGAAUUAUAAAAGCUACAUUUUUGUUUCUAGUGUACCACAAUGCCCCUAAAGCAAAAUUCUUCCAGAAUAACUGAAACAUUGGGUUUGUCCAGUGACAGUCCAGUGAGUGGGUGUGUCCAGAGUGUUUCCAGAGAUUUCUGAAUCUCCGUAAAUUUUUAGAUGAUAUGACAUGUUCUUCUUUAAGGGAGGCUUAGAAAGUAUUUAGCAGUAGAAAUUUGUUGGCUGAGUCUUAGGCAUUGUUGUCAGUAAACACUUACCAUUUAAAAUGAGGUGCAGGUUCAUCUCCCUUUGUAGAUGAAAUUAAAUAUGAUAUUAAAUAGUUAAAAAGAGUACCUGUAUUGUAACGAUAAGCCGAGAUAGAGUAAAGACUCAAAAAUGACGGUCCCGAACAAAAAUAAACAUCCUAUACUAUGUUCUUUAUUGCGUUUGAUGAGUGGACAAAGUCAAGGCACACCUGAUAACAGCGGUUAUCGUAGCCCAUAGACAUCUCAACUUGAAGACCGCCGCUCUUUGCUAUAAGGUUUUUUUUUGUUUUUUUUUAUUGCCCUAGCAGGCAGAUGAGCAUACGGUCCACCUGAUGGUAAGUGGUUACCGUCGCUCAUGGACGUCAGGAAUGCCAGGGCAGAGCCAAGCCGCUGUCUACCGCUAAAAGGAUGAAGUCUCUAUUGUGGUAUAUAACAGUAGUACAGGUAGAAGUAGACAAUAUGGUGGUACCUAGCCGUGCGGGGUCCAAUACGACUAUACAAGUAACCAAGCACUAUCCAGUACUAUCCAUUUUUUUGUAGGCAGCAGCUUGGCUGUACCUCUGGCAUUGAUGACGUCCAUGGGCGUUGGUGACCACUCACCAUCAGGUGGGCCGUAUGCUCGUCUGCCUACAAAGACAGCAAAAAAAAGGAAAUUCCCUUUUACUUAAGAUCUCUAGUUGUUAGUGUGCAAGUAAUUCCUUCUUACAAAUUACUCAGACUAAUUGAAUAUUAUAUUAUUACACUGGAGAAACCAGUUCCUGCUGCGCGGUAACUACACUACUAAAAGUACAAAAUAUAUUCAUUUCUUGAAAAUACUCAUAUCAUAUAUUGAUGGCACUACUUUAAAAGUUUUCCUUAAAUUCCAAUAAUAACUAUACUAAUUAAUAUCCUUAAACUAAUGAUAAAAUUGAACUUAUUCAGUAACUUUUUAUUACAAAUAAUAGUUUUUCAUUAAAGUAUGUAUCCAGUACAAUUUGUGCAGCACUGGUAUGAAUAUCUAGACCGAGUUUUGCUUUUUCAAUAGCACCACAAGUAAUCCUUAAAUAAGAAGAAUAAUUAAUGGAAGUUGCUAACUGUAAUUUUUGGGAAUAUAACAAAAUAAAUAUAUUAUUAUGUGACCUUAAAGAUUUUGUAAAUAAAUAUUUGAUGAGAUUCAAUUUUAUAACUGAUGUGCAGCUUUUUUGUAAUACUCAGCUUGGUAAAUUCUGUGAGAGACUAAAUAUUGUGUUUGACAAAUUCGCGAAGUUUGGAUAUCUACUGUUGGAGCCCCUUUCGCUUAUAAAGCCCCCUUUCUGUAUUCUGUGAUGGCACAUUUGCUCUGACGACUAUCGUUACGAUAACCUGUGGACUUUUUUUUCCAUAUGGUAAAUGUGUUUACAAAAGAAGACAUCCUAAUCAAAUUAAACCAGCUCAGAAGAAUUUCAUUUAUUCCUUCACUCUCAUUCAUUCAUUCAAGAUUAAGACGGGGUCUAUCUAUAGAUUUUUAUAGGAAUAUUACACUAAACAUAAACCAAGGCUUAAAAAAGGGUAUUUUGUGUUAGCCGAUGGUGUGGUCAGGGAUCUGGUGAAUACUGCUUUCCAUCCGCUAAGGAGAAGCUGCUCUUUUUUUUUCUGGGUCGUUGAGAAUUUGUACUUUAUUGAAUACGUGCUCGGUGUCCGAAUAAGCGAAUAGUUCUAUUAGAAUUAUACAUAAACCAUAGACUUGAAAUUUCAUUUUAUAAAAGCUGUUUAAUUUUUGUUGAUAAAAUAAAUUUGUAAGUUUUUAA